AUGCCUUUUAGUCGCAUGUCCACCGUCCAUGAGCAGGACGAGACGGUGCGAAAAAUCAUUCUGCCGGAGUCGUACAGUUACAACGGCGAGAAUGGGCCAUUGCCUACAACUAGUCUUCGACCGCUUGAAAAUGAAACGCAAACACCAUGCUCGGCGAGUAACGGCAAUGCAAAACCUUCCGUAGAAAAUGGGACAUGCUUUGGCCUACUUGACAAUGAAGAAGAAGAACGACUCCUCGGUGAUUCCUUGCCGUUACCACCUAUCGAAGAACGACGGACGUUCGCCGCAGGUAGCCAGAAGAGCUCGGACAUGGGCGCAAAACAUGUAUCAACGGUGCCAACUUUGCGGACUUCAUCAUUACCUAAAGGCCUUAGGGCUUCUUCUUACACUGUUAACGAUCUUUCUCAUGCAUCAUCAGCAGCAAAUAUACUACUACCUUACCAUGUUGGUUCACCACCAAGACCACCACUUACUAUAAAUGAGCUGAAAAAGCCUAAGAAGGAGGUGUCCGAUUACUACAAAAAACAAAAUGAGCUCUUGGAGAACUUCAAGAAUGACAGUGAACAGAUCCAGGUUUUUCAAAAAGCCCGAACGCGGCAACGGUUACAAUCCUCGACAAGCACCGAUGCAGAAGGAAUAAAGGAAGAGAUAGAGCAGUUAAGAAGAAAUUCCCAUAAAGACUCAAAGAUCAGCAACGAUCUUUCUUGCUCGUUGGAAACUACCACAGCUCCUUUACUGAAAAACACGGAUGGUGAGUCUGAUUUGGAAGUCAGUAACUCCAACAAAGCUGUUCAAGAUCUAAGUGAGAAACGGUCAUUCGUCAACGUACAUGAACGGAUGCCCUCACAAUCUUCAAGCGUAUCCACGUUAGCGAAGCACGAGGCAGCUUUGGAUGCAGCGAAAGCUUCUACAAAAGCAGCGGUUCGGCUGGCACAUGCAACGUUAAUAGUGAAUAUUUCACUUAUGUUGGCGAAGGCGGUGGCAUCGUAUCUUUCUGGAUCGCUUUCAAUUUUAUCGUCUCUAGUUGAUUCAUGUGUUGAUAUCACAUCGGGGCUUGUCAUAUCGGUGUCUGCUCGUAUGAUCAAAAAGAGGGAUCCAUACCUGUACCCACGAGGACGAACGAGGUUGGAGCCGCUAUCUCUGAUAAUUAUAAGCGUCGUGAUGGGUGUUGCUAGUGUGCAGUUGAUUUAUGGAGCAGUGAAGAGGAUUGUGGCUGCAUACCAGUUUCAUAACUAUGGGAUUGGCGAAGAGCCUGAGCUGGACGUAUCAGUUACCACCGUAACUAUUAUGGUAGCCACUGUUGUAGUGAAGUUCACACUUGUUAUUAUAUGCCGAAAGUACAAGUCAGAUCCUUCGAUUCAAGUGUUGGCCAUGGAUCAUCGUAAUGAUUGCUUAUCGAAUACGGUAGCGCUUGCUUGUGCCUGGUUAGCCACUCUGUUUUGGUACUAUUUCGAUCCUAUUGGAGCGAUUUUGGUGUCUAUUUACAUUUUGUACACAUGGGUAAAUACUGGUUGGGAACAUCUUUCGAAACUUAGUGGAAAAUCAGCAAAACCGGAGUUUAUUAAUAGGAUUAUCAAGGUGUGCAUUGAUCAUGAUCCGCGGAUUUCUCAUUUGGAUACGGUCUAUGUUUAUCAUUUCGGCACAAAGUUUUUGGUAGAGGUUCAUAUUGUGUUGGACGAGGAUAUGCCUUUAAAAGUAGCUCACGAUAUUAGCGAAACAUUACAAAUCAAUAUAGAAAGCCUUCCUGAGGUCGAACGAGCUUUUGUUCACACCGACUACGAGUAUGAGCAUCAACCUCAAGAUGAGCACAAAGUUGUUUAG